AUGAGCUGCACCUCGAGCAAUCGUAAACGUACCCAUAGUUUCAGUAAUUGCGGCAACGUCGCAACUACCGCGGCCGCAGGAAACGCGCUGCCCGGUGCCGGAGCAGGCGCUGCAGCGAUGGCGGCCGCAGCGGCGAAGAAGAAACGUAAAACUAUGUAUAAAAGGGGUACAGCGACAUUCGUGCCACCGACCAAGUUCCUGCUAGGGGGUAAUAUUCGAGACCCUUUGAAUUUAGGCGGCCUUCAAGAGGCCGACGAAGAAGUCCGCUCCGACGUUAGCGAUAACGACCAACCGGUUCAGGUUAUCGACGAGUUUCUACUCGGUGGCGACAUCAACGAUCCUUUGAAUUUGAAAUCUAUCGUCGAACCGGAAGUAGUCGAUGAUCAGCUGCUGGCCGGUCCAUCUCCUCCUGUUGCUGCAGCUGCAGCAGUCGAUGCAGACUCUUCUAGUACUGCGGAAUGUGCUCCUGAUACCGAUACGCCUCAAAUAGAAGCUCAACGAGUCGACGUAGAUAUCGCCGAAGCUGCUGUACCGCCUGUACCUGCUGUCGCCUGUACGUCGCAAGCAGAUCCCGGCCCGGAGGACCAAACGGAAUCGCAGAAAUUGGAUAAAUGCGUCGUGAACGGCGCUACCAAGCUGAACGCGAGCACUCUGCAGCAUUUGAAUUUGAGCACCGAGAUUCCUCGACUGAGUGCGGCCGGAUUCGGUAUCGUUGGUCGUAAAGUCGACCGCAAAGAUAAGAUCGUCAGUCCGGUAAUACCGCAGCCGUACAGGCCGUUGAAGAGUUUCCCAUUCAGGCAAAUCAUAACGCCCGAUUUAGGCCGCAAAGUGCAAAAGACGCCGAAAUUCGUCGAGAAAAAUACCAGAUUCCAGUACGGUAACUACAACCGGUAUUACGGUUAUCGAAACACCAAUAACGGUAUCGAUCUGAGACUGGAGAUAUUCGAAAAGCAUCGCGAACUGUUCGCCAACAAAGACGUGCUGGAUAUCGGCUGCAACGUGGGCCACGUUUCGUUAAUAGUUGCUCGCAGUUUCGGCGCCAGAUCAGUGACCGGUAUCGAUAUCGACAGGUACUUGGUGGACGUAGCCAAGAAGAACGUACAACACUACAUUAACUGCCCGAGCCCGUAUUCGAUGGAAUCUCCGAGCACUACUCCGUCGGCGACGAAUAAAAAACUGCUCGACUUGAAGUACAAAUGUUACCCGGUUUCCAUGCCCAUCAUGUACGGGCCGAUUUGCGACGCUAACGAAUUACGCCGCAACAGCAACAGCAACAGCGCCAGUCCCAGAGGCUCAGCGGUCGAAACCGCCUCUUGCAGAGAGUUCCCGAAAAACGUACGUUUCGUUCACGCCAACUACGUUCCCGAAUCGGCAUCAAUGCUGCAAUCCGAGCAGCCCCAAUACGACACCAUUCUCUGCCUCAGCGUUACCAAAUGGAUACAUUUAAACUGGGCCGAUCAAGGCCUCAAGCUAGCUUUCAAAAAAAUGUACGCUCAAUUGAAACCCGGAGGAAUACUGGUCCUGGAACCCCAAUCUUGGGAUUCGUAUAAACGCAAGAAAACCUUAACCGAAACCAUCUGGAGGAAUUACCAAAACAUCUCGUUAUUCCCGCAUCAUUUCGAUAGGUACCUGAUGUCCUCCGAAGUGGGAUUCUCUCGAUGCCAAACGCUGGCUGUAGUCAAUCAUCAUCAUAAAGGAUUCCGCAGAGCUAUCAAAGUGUUCAGAAAGUCCACCGGUGUGCAGCCACCGAAGCAGCAGCCACCCUCGACGAGAUUACUGCCGCCGAAAACCACUUCGUAG